AUGUGUGCUACUGAGAAUCUGAGAGAGUUUGUUGUCCAGCGGCUAACUGCUGCUGCUGAAGACAUUUUUGGGGUUUUUCAGAGAACUAUUGUUGAAUACCAGGCAGAGAUCGAUCGACAGCGCACACUGCUGGAUAUUGUUUGGCAACCUCACAUCAACUUACACAGGAUAGAUGUCCCAAAGAAAAAUGUGACUAAAGAUGAGGAGGUUGUGACCGACCAGCAGCUCUGUAACCAGGAGAGGAAUUUCAGUCUGGACCAAGAGGAGCCAGAGCCUCCACAGAUGAAGGAGGAACAACAGGAACUCUUCAGCAGUCAGAAGGGAGAGCAGCUCAAAAUAAAGCAGGAGACAGACACAUUCAUGUUGACUCCUGCUCAUGAGGAAAGUAACAACAGUGAACUUCAACAACAAAAAGAAUGCCAUCUCCUCUCUCACACCUCCCAUGUCACUGAGGAUCAAGAUCCUGAUGAACCCAAGCACAGUGACUCAGAAACAAGUGGAAAAUCAGACCCAGCACAAAAGAGAAGACGCAAGAAGAGAAGAAUUCAGAAAAAUGCCAAAUCAGAGAUUCAUUUUAAUCAUCAUCAAAUUCAAAAGUCUUUGAAAGGGGAGACAUGUGGUGAAGAGGUUGAUAACAAAGACGCAUUAAAGACAAAUCAGCGUGUCCAUGAUGGUAAAAAGAGGCAUCCAUGUCAUUGUUUCAUAACUGCAUGA